CCGCUGUCUAGACCCCUUAAACUGAUGACUUCCGUGUGGUAGCAGACAUAGCUCAGCCGGACAGAAGCUGGUGACCUCGGAGGUGACUGCGGAAGAUGGUCCCUGGGCUGAGCCUUGAAGCGUGUUUGUGCUGAAAAGUGUUUGAUGAAUUGCACUAUUUGGUAGAUUCCAGGGUCAUGCUUUCUGGGGAGCACUGUUCUCCUGUGUGUGUAUGUAAGAGAUUCUGUAAGGUGCUUGCCUAUGAGUGAAACUGCUGGAUGCAAAGGAGAUUGUUCACAUGGCUGCUGAGGAAGUGACCAUUACAGUUCGCCUCAUUCGGUCAUUUGAGCACCGCAAUUUCAAACCUAUAGUGUACCAUGGAGUUAAUUUGGACCAAACUGUAAAGGAAUUUAUAGCAUUUCUGAAGCAAGAUAUUCCUCUGAGGACCAGCCUGCUACCACCAUUCAGAAAUUAUAAGUAUGAUAAACUAAAGAUUGUUCAUCAGGCACAUAAGUCAAAGACAAAUGAACUUGUAUUGAGUUUGGAAGAUGACGACAGACUGCUGUUGAAAGAAGACAGUACUCUGAAGGCUGCGGGGAUCGCCAAUGAAACUGAGAUUGCAUUCUUUCGUGAAGAAGAUUAUAAGAACUAUAAAGCUAAUCCCAUUUCAUCCUGGUGAUGCUGUCUCAGGAGCUUCCUUUCCACAUACCCGUAGUAAGCUCUUUAUUCCAGUAGUGGGUUUUUGAAAUUGACAAAUAAAUCUUAAAAAUUAAUCCCAAGCACUACUAUUUGAGCUAAACUUGGUGUUUUUCUCUCUCUACAGUGACCCCCUUUUCUUCCUUAUUGGAGAAUAAGAAAAAUAUUUUUGAUUUAAUAAGUGUUUAUUCAAAAACCUGAUUUCUUCAUUAGGGAUUUUUUUGUGACUUACAUAUUGGAUUAUUUAAAAAGAUAAGACCAAGGUCAGCUGUUUAUUUUGCAUAUUUUUCUCUAGUUUCUAAAUAGAGCAGCUAUUACUGUUUUGGCUGUCAGGGAUUACAAGGGGGUUUACGACUGUCAAGAGCAUCUUUUAGCUCAGCAAGUAUGGGAUAUGUACCCCACAUGUGGUACUGCACGGUGUUUAUUUUGGGAGGUCUUAUGAUGCGAUAAGGGUCUUUUUCCCUUAGUAUCAUAGCAAGUAACUUUGGUGGAAAAAGUCUUUUUCUAACCUAUAUUUCUCAAUUUUUAUUAUUAUGUACUCUAAAGAACUGAACUCAUUUACUUAGAGGAGGUACCUGGCUAUUUGUACUUCUGGGAGAAAAUAGAUCGUGGAGAGUAAGUCUGCAUCCUGAAAGACACGUGCUUUAAAGAUAAUAUGUUUGGUUUCUGAAGCCAGCUAACAUCACUUUGGCUGGCUCGUUUCAAAGGGGCCUCUGAGCCCCUGCAGGUCUAAUCCAAGCCCCUGGAGAGAGCAGGUGGCUCCAUAGCUAUCCUAUUGCCCUCUAGGUUGACAGUGGGCCGAAGGGGCUUCAUUGUGACAGUGUCUAACUUAAGAGUCUCCUUGUUAAAAACAACUUUGAAAGUCCAAUUGACAUGAUCAGAGGCUGCUUUGCUUUGUUGAAAGAUUGAGUAGAGUCUUCUUUAAAACAGAAAUUCUGUUUUACUCAUUGUUUGAUUCCUUCACAAAGUGCCAGAUUCACAGAUGGUCUGAGACACAAUCUUUGCCUCAGUGAGUGGGGAAGAUACAGAAGCAAGUGACUUUGGUUGAACAGCAGUUGAAAACUGGGGUGGGAGCAUUGUCAGUGGGUUUUUAAUUCUGUGUGGGGUUUUUUAAUUGUUUUAUUAAGUACCAAUUAAACAAUGUCUUCAAAGAUCGAAGAGAUACAUUCUGCUUAGAAGGAAUGGAAAGAAAGGCGUUCUGGGAGAGGGAAGAGCACAGCAGAAGCAAAGCUCUUGGGAAGCCAGAUUUCUGUGCCCCAAAUGGGAAGCACAGGAGUGACACAGGAAGCCAGAGUCAAGAAAGUAGGUUGAGCAAGGCUUUGGAAGGCACACAGAAAGCAGCUUUAUUCAGUAAGCAGUAGAGAGCCAGUGGUAAGGCUUAAGUAGGUGAAUUGCGUAGUUCUGUUUUCCUUGCAGAAAGUGAGCUUUGGUGACUGUGUCUGGAGGGUGGAAAGGCUAGAAGACAGGGCUCAUAGAUGAGGUGAAACUGGUGGGCCUGGCCUGGGCAGUGAGGAGGGGAAGCUGAGCAGAGGAGAUGACCUUGUGCGUAUCCUCGAGAGCAAACGCGAUGGCAAGUGUGUCACACGUGGUGUCUCAGUUACCUUUGAGUCUGUCUCUGUACAUGAGGACAGAGAGUGCGGUGAGGAGAGUGAAACCCUGCCUUUGCGUAUUCCUCAUGGCUCCCUAGUGAGAGAUGUGACGGAGAGUGAUGGGUAGAGUGUUUGGGACUCAGUGUGUCCCUGUGUGCGAACGCUGUAGUGAGGGCAGAGUGGACCACUUCAGUGAGUCCCACAGGAGUGAGCAGCCUGAUUGAUGGUGAUAGCAGUCAUCUACGUAGGGGCUCAGUGAGUAGCAUAGGUUGACACACGAUCCUUUUUGUUCAUUUAGUGAACAUUCAAUUUAUAUACACGCUUUUUUAAUGUAGUAUAAAGCAUGUCUUAGGUUUUCAUUUUCUAUAAAAAAUAAUGGAAAAAUCUGUAUGUAGUACUUUUGGGGAUGGACUUUAUUAUAAAAGUUAUAUAUGGGCUACUUUCAAUUACAAACAUAGGUUUAAAAUUAAAAAAACAACAAAAAAAUACUAUGAUUAAAAAGGAAUUUUACCAGGACUGAAAGUUGGCUCAAAAUUAAAAGACCCACCUAUCUCAUUUACAAUACAUAUAGACUAAAGGACGAAAAAGUGUGUUUAAUCUCAAUAAAUGCCAAAAAAGCAUUUGAAGAUAUUUGUCUCUUUGUGUGUUUAAAAAUUGUCAAUGGAUGGAAGUGUUUUUAACUUGAUGAAGGAUACUCAUAGAAAAUCUACCUAAUGGAGAAGCAUUGUGAUAAAUCUUUUAGACGUGGGUGGAAUUAUGGUGGUCAGCAUUGUUGGUUCUAUUCAGCACUGUUCUCCAGAUCUCAUUGUAGCAAAUGUGAUAUGCAAAGUAGUGAGAACCACAGAUAUUGGACAGGGGAUAAAUAUUCAGACAGUAUGAUUGCAGGAGUAUCUAGUGAUAAAUUGAAAGUAACAGACUUCAGGCAUGCUUGAUAAUGAACCUAAAAUGAAUUGUCCACAAAAGCUAUAAAUUGAUUACAUGUUCAUAGAUGGAAAAUACAGUGCUGUAAAGAUGUAGAAUUGUACAUAAUCUGAAAUUUAAUGCAAUCUCAGUGCAAACCCCAAAGGAACUUUCUUAUGGAAUUUGAAAAAAAAAAAAAAAAGGAUUUUAAAAUUCAUUUGGAAAGGCAAAUGUCCAAUAAUAGCCGAGACCAAUUU